GUAAUAUACUUUCCCGAGCAUCUCCCAGGGUCUCUUUAUAUUUGUUUAUCCUAGAUAUCUUUCUUAAUUGAAUAAAGAAUUGAUUUUUGUAAGUGGAUUAAAAUCACAGCUAACUUAAAUGCGUUCAGUACAAUGCAGACAUGGGCGACGGUGUGGCAAAGAAUGGUGCAUACAAAUAUGAUGACGGUACAAAAUACAUUGGCGAUUGGAAUCGUAGGGGUCUAAAACAUGGUGCUGGUCUAUUAGUUCUUGUGGAUGGAACGCGAUACGAUGGAGCAUUUCAAAAUGGAUUAUGCUCCGGCUUGGGAGUGAUUGUAUUUCCCGAUGGAGCAAAAUAUGAAGGAGAAUUUAUGCAAGGAUGGUUUCACGGCCAUGGUGUGUUCUGGCGAGCCGAUGGAAUGAAAUUUGAAGGGGAAUUCCGUGGAGGUCGUGUCUGGGGCUUAGGUUUAGUGACUUAUGCUGACGGAUCACAUGGAUUUCCGAGAAACGAAGGUUUUUUUCAAGAUUGCAGAUUAGUAAGGCGACGACGUUGUCCUGAUAUAGUGCAGAAGGCGCAAAAAAUUUCUAUGAUGGCACGUGCUCAAUGUUAUUAGUGGAAAUAGAAUAAAUUGUAGAUGUAUAAUAAAAAAGAGUAUAUAAUUCA